CCUUGAACUUGCUCCUCUCUGUCUCACUCAUCGCCUCGCAGCCCCGGAGCGGCCGAUCCCGGACCCACGGCAGGAGAGGGGCAGGAACUGUCUGGAUCUGAGGGGGGUUGGGGGUUGGGGUGGGAGGGGGAUGAUAGCCUGACAGCAGGAUCGGAGCGGUCACUGGAGGCUUCCCCAGACCCCGGCCCCCGGACCAUGUCCCGCCGCAAACAAGGCAGCAAACCGCAGCACCGCAGCGAACUGAACCGUGAGGACGCAGAGUUGGAUGAGGCCUCGGGCCAGAAGGUUGCCAUGCCUCCACAGCCCGACCCACGGCACCAGGACCUCCUGACCUGUGGCCAGUGUGGCCGCAAUUUCCUCCUCCGUAAUAUCCUGGGCUUCAUUGAGCACAAGAAGAGCCGCUGCCAGAGGCCCACCCGCCUCCGAGAGGUGGGCGGGGGUCCGCAUUCCCCUCUCGCUGCCCAGCAGUCAACGGCCGACCCACUCGUGACCAGCGAGGACAUGUAUACAGCCAGCAUUUCAGAGAUUGGAGUGGAGGACAAUCCCGUGGGAGAUGCGUUGGAACCUGCGUAUUACGUCUGCACCUCCUGUGAGGAGCCCUUUUCCAGUGCUAGGGUCCUGCUGCACCAUGCACAGUACACCCACGGCCUGCAGAUCUACCUGGAACUGGAUGAUUCGGAGAGGACGGGGAUCCCUCCAUCGCCCGGGGAGGACCAGGCCGCUCCAUCCGCCUCCAUGCUCGAGGGGAGCCCCUUCGAGGAGCCACGGUGCCCCGAGUCCUCAGUGCGUGGGCCCCGCUCCCCAGCCAACUCGCUGCUCUUCGGCCCAUCGGCCCUGGGCCCGCCGGAGUACAGCGACAGCGGCUCAGAGGAGGCCGUCUCCCGCCACCGUGCCACCGAGCGGACCUUCCCUAUGAGGAUGCCGGCGAAGGCAAUGGACUUUUCCCGGAGGCUGCGCAAGCUGGCGGCGGGAGGUUUGGGGCCUGGCGCAGGAGGCCGACCAGCCUUCCUCCCAGGUCUGGCUCAGUCUCCGCCGCCUGCUUCCUCCUCCUCCUCCUCCUCCAGGCCCCACGGCCGCAGCAAGGAGUGUGAGUUCUGCGGCAAGAGCUUCAAGUUCCCCAGCAACCUGGUGGUGCACCGGAGGAGCCACACCGGCGAGAAGCCGUACCGGUGCCCCUUCUGCGACCACGCCUGCAGCCAGUCCAGCAAGCUCAAGCGCCACAUGAAGACGCACAUCAACCAUGCCGGCAUCCUCAACGGCUGGGCCGCAGCUCUGCCCGAUGGCCCCCUCCUGGAAGAUGGCUACCGACACCGGGCCUACCAGGCACCGGGCCUGGAGAAUGGCAUGGCCGAGGACGGCGACGAACACACGGCCAUCGACUACCCAGCUCUCAGCACUGAGCAUGACAUAAAGAUAAAGGUCCUGAAGGAGGAACCAGAGUCAAGUGAAGAUCAGCAGGUGGGGAAACUCAAGGAGCAGUUGGACUGCCAGGCAAAUGAGACCCUGUCUGAAUCAGAACGCCUCCAAAUGGAGGGGGACAGUGACCUUGCUAACGGUGAGACCGAAUCGGCCAGGGCCUCUCCGCCAGGCCUGGCCAACGGUUUUGGCUUUCAUUCCAAGCGGCUUCUUGCACCCCCACGGGUUCCCAGCCUUCUGAGGGGGACCCUCAGGCAGAUCAAGGCCGAGAAAGACCACCUGUCGGAGGAGGCCAGCCGGAACUUCUACUCCCGGUGGCUGGCUGACUGCGCGGCCUCCCGGAGACCAGCGGGAGCCCCCUCCUCUGCGGCCGCCGGCGCCCGGGCCUCCCCGUCGUCCGAGAACUCCGGCGAGAAUGCCGGCUCCUGCUCCUCCAGCCCGCCCCGGGAGGCGUCGGCGGACAGCGGCACGGCCAGCGGGCACAGCACGCCGAAACGGAUGGGCGUGGGGCGGGGGCUGGGCGAGGGGCGCCGCCGCAACACCUGCGAGUUCUGCGGCAAGACCUUCCGCAACGCCAGCAACCUGACGGUGCACCGGAGGAGCCACACGGGGGAGAGGCCGUACCGCUGCGAGCUCUGCAGCUACGCCUGCACUCAGAGCAGCAAGCUGACCCGGCACAUGAAGACGCAUAUGCAGCCGGGCAAGGAAGUCUUCCGCUGCAACACAUGCAACAUCCCCUUCAGUAUCUACAGCACCCUGGAGAAGCACAUGAAAAAACGCCACAGUGAACACCUCCAGGAGCCCCAGCUCUCCAAUUGAGGUGGGGAGGUGGUGGGGGAAGUGACAUCAUAGCCCGGUUCAUGGGGUGGGCUUGGGGUGUAGGACCCUGACAGAGGAAAAGAUGGACCUUUGAGAUGGAGGGUGCAGUGAGCAAACUUUCCCUCAGUCAUUCUGUACAGAACUCAUGGGGCAUAAGGGACCAGGGCGGAGAUGUGGGCUGAACGGCCUGGGUUCCAAUUGGUAAAAUUUGAUGUAAUCCCCAUGAAGAUGAAUGUUCUUCCCAGUCCCCAUCCAAUGUGUUUAUGAACAUUUAAAGUUUCAGGCAUUUAAACUUUAGCAGUGUGGGGAGCAUGGGGGUUUCCCUGAACAAACGAGAACCAAGUGAUGCCGUGACACACAUUGUCGGCUGAUUUUCAGUUGGGACGGAGGUCUUCCUGAGCUAGGAGUGGGAUGUUAUGGAUAAAUGGGGUGAGGAGGAGGACCAUUGGUAGAUGAUGUUGGGAAAGGAAGAGAAUAGGAAGAGCUUUAUUGGCCAGUUGGACAAUUUUUGAGGGGCAGGGUGCCAACCUCACACGCAGGAGGAUACUCCGCUGUGCCAGCAUUCUUCGGUUAGAAUUUUUCUCGUGGGUGAGGAGAAUGGAGGCAUUGAUCUGUCACUGAAAGGAAGUGUCUUAGAACUACACAGGGCCCCACAUGGAGACUUCAAGUGUGGGACUCUCAAGGGGCUAGAGACAAUGGCAGAGAAAUACCCACACCAGCGCUAGUGCCCACGGCACCCCAUGUUCCUUUGAAGCUGUGCACAUGGAUUGGAAAUGUCUUGACAUGACCUUACAGCUCCAACAGCUGUGCCCUCCCAUCUCCGAAACGCCUCCUGUAUUGGUUUCCUGACCCCCUUCUGCUCCUGGCACUCACCCCCCACCUACCCCCACCAAACCCUCUCAGAUGGGUGAACGCCAGGUAUUUCCGAGUUUACAUCCAUCGCAAUCCAAAGGCUCAGGUUCGUGCUCAGGGUACUUGGUAGCUGUGGGAGUUUAAAAUUCAAUAAACUGAGACCUUUGUGAAUGGAGGAGCGGGGCUGAUGACCUGCUCCUGCUCUGACGAAAUUUGUUGUGAUGCACACUGAGGUUGAAUAGCUGAGACUCAUUGUCAUGGCUCACUCGUGUUGACCACUGAGCGUGUGACCCCUCUGCUCUCAAAGAGACUUCCAUAUUUGUGAACAGCAGCACCAUUCUCUGAUGGGUCAGAAGCGAAGCACUCUCCUUGGUCCCUUAGGCCUCUGAAAGCACUGCUGUGGAGUUCUCACUGCUCUGUGCUGACCCUCAUGAGUCAGCCUCAUGGUCUCGAUCGCACAAAACCAGCUUAAGAGGCCUGCUUGUGUAUGUCAGUGGGGCUGGGGUGAUGAAGAAGGUGCUCAGGGGUGAGAAUACCCUUCUCCUUUGUGGAGGGAGUCACAGGUCCCUUUUUCCCUUGGGGGUGGGCUAUUAUACUUGAUGCCCGCAUUAAACACCACUCCGUAGGCACAGGAUAAAGCCAUUCAGCUCCUCAAGUAUUUCAAUAGAAAUCGCUUUGAGCUGUCAUGAUCUUGUAAAAGUCUAUACAUAAAUGCAGGUCUUUCACACCACAUCAAGUCCAAACCUCUCGAAGUCAUUACUCUGUAAAAAUCCAACCCACUAGUCCUCAAAGCCACUGCUCUGACCCCUCCAACAUCCUCUCCAUUUUGAGAUGGCAAGUUGCAAGUUUCAAAUUUUCACCACCCUUUGCAUGGAAGGGAAUUUCCUGAGUUUUACUGGAUUUUAUUAAGACCUAUAUAAUGGAUUUCCUCUCACCAGCAUUGACAGGGACGAUGUCAAGCUGAUAGCAGUCAUAUUGUUCAACAGUUCAGGCUCAUCAAAGCACCUUAGGCAAAACCGACAGCAAUUUUAACUUUGGCUAUUCUCUUCCCAACAACAAGGUGCAUUUAUGUAACCCCUCUAAGGUUGCACUUCACAGGAGCAUUGCCAGUUUGAUGCCAUUUAAGGAGAUAUUAGACACACCCCACCUGGACGAUGAAAGUUUUUGAUGAAUGGCACAAAAGGAUGUGAGAGAGGCAGAGGGGUUGAGGGACAGAAUUCUAGACCCACCCAAAGCCUACAUUUCCCUGUCAAAUUGCUUUGGUGGUCACUGCCAUGGUGUGUCAGUUCAGUGUUUCUCCAGUGAACACCCUCUGUUAGUUGGAAGGCUGGUGGGUGGGGAAGUGGCUAGGAGAGGUGAUUCAGUCAGUCAAAAAAAGGCCCUUCUGCCAAUCACUUCCUGAGAUGUCAGCGAAAACUGCAUCAUGGAGUUCAACUGUGUUGCCAUCCUUUGUCGAAUGGCUUACCAACCUGGUCUGGACUUGCCACGGGAGAAAUGAACAGCGGUAUUUCAAUCUGUGCAGAGAGCUGGUACACCAUUGCAAUGACACGUCGCAAGAAGAUAGCAAAACCUGGGUCCUCUGAGGGAUGGGGGGUUGUUUUAUCUGCAGCAUUUUAAAUCACGGUGCCCAGCACCUGGAAUGACUUGGAUCUGCAAACGUUAUCAGUGACGCUACAGGGGCUGGUGAACGAGGUGUCUGUCGGGGUAGUGGUGCACGUGUGCCAGUGAGUGUAAUGGUUCAAGGAGCCUGCAAGAAUUGCACCUCUGUCAGAGGGUUGGGUAGACUCCUCUGUAUUUUUCUAAUAGUCAUGUAUUUUUUACAUGGUGCGCUGGGAGCGAAGCAGUUUUUUUUCUUUGUAAUGUAUUUCACGCUGAAAGCAGUCAGGGUGCCCCAGGAUUAGGGCAAAGGGUGCGUUUUGUAUGACAAUUUUUUGUAUUACCAGUGUGUUUGUGAUAACUUGUGUGGGUUUGGGUCAGUGUCAAACACGAUUCUAAUUCAAGAAGAAAG